AGCAAUUAAUUUACAAGCAACUGAAGGUCCCAUGGUGCAAUAUCGCGAAACAACAAUCAAAACAUAACCUAACAAGAUGUCUAAGAUCUUCACACCAACAAAUCAAAUUCGCCUGACGAAUGUAGCCGUGGUGAGGACAAAGAAAGCUGGCAAGAGAUUCGAAAUCGCCUGUUACAGGAACAAAGUGAUCUCUUGGAGAAACAAUGUAGAAAAGGACAUUGAUGAAGUUCUUCAGACGCACACGGUAUUCACAAAUGUGUCCAAGGGACAGGUCGCCAAAAAGGAGGAUCUGGUAAAAGCUUUUGGCAAAGAUGAUCAAACUGAAAUCUGCAAGGAGAUCUUGCAAAAGGGUGAACUGCAAGUGUCUGACAAGGAGAGACACAGUCAUUUGGAUGCACUGUUCAAAGAUAUCGCCUCAACCGUUGCAGAUAAAUGCGUGAAUCCGGAAAUAAAGAGGCCCUACACUGUGACAACCAUCGAGAAAGCCAUGAAAGAUAUUCAUUAUUCGGUGAAGCCGAAUCAGAACGCUAAGCAGCAGGCUCUGCAGGUUAUUAAACUCCUCAAGGAUAGUAUUCCAAUUGAGAGAGCCCAGAUGAGGCUGCAAGUUAUAUUCAGGGGCAAGGAAACUAAGAAAUGGAAGGAUAAACUUGUCAAGAUUCAGAGUAUAGAGGUGGAAAAGGAGGAUAGGGUUGAAGAUCAGCUGAGCGUUGUUUUUCUGAUCGAUCCUGGGUUUUAUAAGGAGGUCGACGAAAUGAUUAGACACGAGACUAAAGGCACCGCUAUGUUGGAGAUCAUGUCCUACAAGGAAAUGGUUCUGGGCGAAGAUUUUUUGUAA